UAAUAUAUAUAAAUAUUACUUCUUUUAUAUUACAAAAACUUAAUAUAUUACUAUUUUCAUUAAUUUUAAUCGCUAUGAAUGCAGUCGCAUGGAUGGACGUUGCUUUGAAAAAAGCUGCAGCUUCAUUGAAAGUUGGCGAGGUUCCAGUUGGUUGUUUAUUCAUAUAUAAUGAUCAAAUUAUUGCAGAAAGUAAUAAUACUGUUAAUGAAACCUGUAAUGCAACUAGGCAUGCAGAAAUGAAUUGCAUUGAUCAAGUUUUAACAUACUCUAAGGAGAAAUUCUUAGAUUAUAAAGAAGUAUUCUCAAAUAUAGACAUCGUGGUUACUGUAGAACCAUGUAUAAUGUGUACAUCAGCAUUAUACCAAUUAAGAGUCCGCAGUAUUAUUUACGGUUGUAAAAAUGAUAGGUUUGGAGGUUGUAUUAGUGUAUUCAAAGUACCUAAUGUUUAUGACACUAAAGUAACUGUAUUAGGAGAUAUAAAAAGCGAUGAAGCUAUAAGUUUACUUAAAAAUUUUUAUGAAGGUACAAACCCAAAUGCACCGGAGUCGAAAGCUAAGAAAAAUUUCAAAAAUUGAAGACCAAUAAUAAUAAUAAUAA